AGUAAUGGAGGUGGAGGAUUUUUCUUGAAUAUGAAAACAGUGAAAUGCGUGUUGCUGCAGACACUGGACAGAGUUUGGAAUGCAUAUCAAUCGAAAGAUCAUCUUCUGGGAAGCUUCGGUUGGAGUGCUCGGAAGGCGUUUCACAAUUAGGCACUGCAGAGGCAGAUUUGGGGAAGCUAAAUGCAAAGUUUCAGAUGCUGCAGAAGGUUAAACAGGAAGAGAAACUUCGCUUGUCGUCUCGAUCACCCAUUCGUUCUCAUGUACAAAUAGAUAGCCAGUGUUCUGCUGAUAAAUUUCCUGUCAUAAUUGAGAAAGACCAAGAAGCACCUUCUAUAGCAUCGAGUUUAAAUUAUUGUCAUAGUAACCAAUCUGGGAGUAUUGAUCAGUGUUCCAGACCUUCAGAAGGAGUAAUAGAAGUGGAUCAUCUGCUUCUGCCGUCUAUUCCCCUUUAAAGCCUGAUUUUUCCAUGACAGACGGAGAAAUAUGU